AUGGAGAAAAACGCGUGGCUCGGCGUUGUUUGUGCUUUCACGUCGACCGUCACCUUCGGAUCGACCUAUGUCCCUCUCAAAUGGUUCGAUAAAGCCGAUGGUGAGUGAUUAGGUGGGUGAAAAAUCAGCAGCUCAUCAGUAAGCUCUGAAGGGCUUGCGUUGUUAAUUUUAUGAUAAAGUUUUCACUCUUUUUACUUUUUUUAAAUUCAAAAUUCAAUUGAGCAUGAGCUAUAGAAUUCACGGGAAGAAACGAGGUUGGUUAAAAAAAUAACUAUGACUGAAGUUGCAGUAGCUGCUUUGGGAAAAUGAAUAUUAACAGUUUUCGUGGAAAACCGGCGUUUUGAAGGGUUGUGAGAUUUCUCACUGAGAUUUAGGUAUUUCUAAGAAACGGUAAUACCCAAAAAGACAGACAAAAAGCUUGCGUAGGCUAGAAAUGAAAUUCGAAGAAUGACCUGUGCUCCCUCCUUUUCCGUUGGAUAAUUCCAGGAAUCUUCUUCCAAUGGCUGAUGUCGGCGGGUCAGCUGAUGGUAGGUUGUCUCGUCGCUGUGACGUCACCGCCGACGCCGCUUCAUCCUCUGGCCAUGCUGUCCGGAAUGUUCUUCUCCAUCGGUACUCGACACUUCAAGACUUCAUUUGAAUGGAAUCCCAUUCCUUCAAAUUUAUACCAUCUAACAUGUCUGCGCUCUCUUUUAUCUUCUUUGCGCGGUUAGAAUACAAUGGAAGAGCACAUAAACAUGAGAGCGUAGCUGGAAAAAAGCGAAAAAGAAAAAAAAAACUCCUUUUUUUAAUUCUCAAACUGCCACAAUAAAUCAUUUAUGUUGAAAAAUAAUCCCAAAAAAAUUUGAAGUUUUAUUUUUAUUGAUUGAGGAAACUCUUUGACUGUUUUUUUAUCAUGAAUGGCGUGGGGAUGUCAAUCGGAUAUUUGCUGUGGAACACGAUUACAUGUGAGCAAAUCAAUAAUUAUUUUUCACAUGUUCCAUUUUCAGGUAUUUGUGGAUGGGCUGUGUCCCGUUUUGGACUUUUUGGAAAUCCUCAACAAUUCGUUCAAAGCGAUUUCCUCAACAUUUUGGGCGUUGUUGGCGUUUGCUUGGGGUCACUUCUUCAUUUCUUUAUUCACUUUUAAUUUCUUUUUAAACAUAGUAUUUUCUCUUUCAGAGGCGCCAUUUACGCACCGAUCAAGCACGUCCCGCCCAAAGUAAGGCCAGCUCCAUGGACAGUAAGUCUUCUUACAGUUUUCAAAAAGAUUUGAAUUUAGGUGAAAAUUGCCGAGGAAGAGCAAAGUCAUCAUGUUCCAACUUCCAGAAGGAUUUUGUGAGGUCAAAACUCAUUAAUAAACUCAUUAUUUUGUUAAAGGUGCCUCCUUCUAACCAUUUUUGUCGGAUUUUUGUAUGGCAACUUCCUGACGCCUAUCAAUUACAUUAUUGCACGUGAAGUAAGUAAAAAGAUGGACAUUGAGGAAAAUAGAAAUGUUUACCAAAACUUUCAAAUUGAGAAUAUUUUUUAGGAAGGAGCUCCACCCGAUGUUCGAUGUUAUUUCCAGUCCUACUGCAUGGGAUCUUUCAUCACAUCGACCCUGAUUUUCGCCGUUUAUGCUAGUUUUAAGUGAGUUUUUUCUCCUAUUCAGAAUAACCUCAGAAUAACCUAUCAGAAAGAAUCGACCUUUGGUGAAUGCCGAACUCUGUCUUCCUUCCAUGGCUGCUGGCCUUUUGUACGGCAUCGCUGUCAUAACUUUUUUCAUGGCCAAUCAACACCUGGAUCAGGUAUCAAACGUCUUUACCUCAAUCAGAAAGGAACAUUAAGGUUAUUGCCUAUCCGAUAUUGUCAAAAGCGCCCGGAAUAGUUGUUAGCCUCUGGGGAAUAUUUUUAUUCAAAGAAAUACAGGUCGGUUUUGAGGCUAAUUUUUAAUUCAAGAAAAUUUUUUUUAUUUUUGAAUUCAAAAAAUUUAAUUCAAGCUUUUAUAUCUUGUGGUAUUGAGAAUUAAUUAUAAAACAUAGAAUUUUUCAAGUUUUUAAGUUGACCUUAAAAAACCUCAAAACUUUUUUUUUCUUAUUCCUGUGCACUUGAAGGGAAAACGGGACAUCAUCCAGCUCUAUGUUGGAAUUUUCGUCACGCUGCUCGGAAUCGGCAUCAUUUCCCUUUCGAAAAUCGAAUUUUGAAGUUUUGAAACUUGAUGAACUUUUCUUAUAAUCAAAAUAAAGAAAGAUUGCACGUGUAGAUUUGCAUGAGGUAUAAAAAGGAGAAGUAGGCAGCAGAUGAUCAGAUUCGAACGACGAAUUCUUCAAAACGUCAUGCCCUUCCGUCCGGCUUCGUUUACUCCUUCGUCUCACCUACUCGCUCAAGGAACUGUGCGUUUGAUUUCUGUUUUUGAAAGGUAUUAUGAAGAUUAAAGUUUCGGAAAAGUUUUCAGCCUUCUCAAGGUGUUGGUUAGAGAUUCAAGAUUUUAGGAAUUUGGAUUUAACACUUUUGAAAAGUCGAUUUCUACUGGCUUUUGCAGACCUUCGGUGGUCAAACCGGUGCUCGUCGCUCGCUGAGCGGUCUCGACGUGAACACAGCUCUCGAACUUAGCCCCGACCGCGUCUACGACGCCGAACUUUCUCGCCGUCUCGCCGGUCGCCCUGCUUUCUACGAUGAUAGCCUUGGUGCGUGUGGAACUGUUGGAUAGAAGUGAAUUGUAGAGGUUCAGGAAUCAUCUUCGAUGGAAACAGCGCUUUCUUCCUUUCCGACCGUUUGCCUUUGGAUGGUCGUGAUCGCUCAGCUGGACGACAGCUUGGCCGUGAAAGAAGCUUGGACCGCCUUGGCCGUGAAAGAAGCUUGGACCGCCUUGAGCGGGAACGCCUCGACCGUGAACGUCUCGACCGUGAACGCCUCGAACGGGAUCGUCUUGGACGUGACAGCCGCGGAUUGGGACGUGAUGGCCGCGAACUCGGACGCGGUUUGACUCAGUUUGAGCGCGAAACCCAGCAGCUUGGCCAAGAAACCACUUACCUGGUGCUGAGCCGUGAACUUCUGCGUGGCCUUCGUCUGACUCCUCGCCAGCUUGCUACGCUCAACCUGACGGCCACUGAAGCUCAGGCUCUGGCUGCGCCUCAGUUCGCCUUGACCGGAGAGCAGGUGGCUGCUUUGCGUCUGUCGCCAGCUCAGCUCUUCGGCCUCCGUCUCCAGCCGGCACAAAUCGAGGACAUCCGUCCCUACCUGACGCAACAGCAGCUCGACGGCUUGUACAGUCUGCAGAGACAGUACGGCGGUGAACUUCUGAGGGAGCAGGGUCUCCUGCAAGGAAAUCUGCAAGGACUUCAGCUGCAGGGCCGCACUCGCGCCUCGCUCUCCGAUGUCAACACGGCCUUGGAGCCGACUAUCCGCUCGGCCUAUGUGGUCAGUUGCUUCAUGGGAAAUCUCAAAAAAAAAUUGCUUUCAUAACUUGUGAAAUCUAUGGUCCUUUAGUUAAUUUCUAACAUAGUUCAUAUCUCUAGUUUUAGGCGCAUAAAUAAUAUUGUUUCACAGCUCUUAAAAGAUGAAUUUUUUGCAGAUCGACGCCACUCGCUGA